CGGUUCAAGGUGGUUCAGAUAACAGCGCUGUGCGCUCAGCAGAACUGUCUGGAUUAAGAGGGAAUAAAUACACUGUCGUGCAGCGCCGCGUGUUUGGUUGUAUUAAUACAUUUUCUCUAAAGGGAAGACGCUUUAAAAGAAAUGAGAGCGUGGAAAGUUUGGUUUUUGUACGUCGUGGUGUUGAAUGCAGCUGUGCAGCGUGUGACGUCCUUGGAAGAAGAGCUUGCUGAUUCUAUUUUUGGUAAUUUCCUUGAUCCUCUGAAAGACUUGUUUGAUCACAAAGAUGACGGUAAUGCAAGUGUUGCCAAAUUCUCCCUACGUAAACCAUCACAUCCUGACGAUGACCUGUGCUACAUCAUUCCUGGCAAUCCGGAUACCUUAGCGGCCUGCACCUUCAACAGUACAUCCAAAACCUUCCUGGUUAUCCACGGAUGGACGCUGAGUGGUAUGUUCGAGAGCUGGAUGCCGAAGUUGGUGUCGGCGUUAUAUGAGAGAGAGCGGACGGCCAACGUCAUCGUGGUGGACUGGCUCAGCUCGGCACAGAACCAUUAUGUGGUCGCAGCUCAGAACACCAAAUCUGUGGGCCAGGAGAUCGCUCGCUUCAUCGACUGGAUUGAAGAAAGCACCAACAUGCCUCUUGACAACCUCCACUUGAUCGGCUACAGCCUCGGAGCGCAUGUGGCAGGAUUUGCUGGCAGCCAUGCAACCAAUAAAGUUGGGCGAAUAACUGGUCUUGAUCCAGCAGGUCCUGACUUUGAAGGUGAGCAUGCCCACAGACGCCUCUCUCCAGAUGAUGCUCACUUUGUUGACGUUCUCCACACCUUCACACGUGGCUCCCUGGGUCUCAGCAUCGGGAUCCAGCAACCCGUCGGCCACGUGGACAUUUAUCCCAACGGAGGCAGCUUUCAGCCGGGCUGCAACCUCAGAGGGGCCCUAGAGAAGAUUGCUAACUUUGGCAUAUUUGCUAUCACAGAUGCAGUUAAGUGUGAGCAUGAGCGCUCCAUCCACCUGUUCAUUGACUCACUUCUGAAUGAGCAGGAGGCGGCCAUGGCCUACAGAUGUGGCAGCAACGACAUAUUUGACCGCGGCAUGUGUCUGAGCUGCCGCAAGAGCCGCUGCAACACGGUGGGCUACGGCAUCAGCAAGGUCCGCAGGGCACGCGACGUUCAGCUGUACACCAAAACACGAGCCACCAUGCCCUUCAGAGUUUACCACUAUCAGUUGAAGAUCCACUUCUCCAGUAAAGUGAAUACAUCAGAGAUGGAGCCAUCACUUACUGUCUCACUGUAUGGAACCAAAGGAGAGGCUGAAAACCUGGAGCUCAAGUUAAAGGAGAGACUCACGACAAAUAAAACACAUUCCUUCCUGCUGGUGACAGAAAAAGAUAUUGGUGACCUGCUGACGUUGAAGUUUAAGUGGGAAGAGACUAAGAGCUGGUCAGCCUCCAACCUGCUGAAAAUGGUUUCCUCUUGGUGGUCUGGUGACUCAGACAGCGCUAACAUGGAGGUUCACAAAAUCCGCAUCAGAGCCGGCGAGACGCAACAAAAGAUGGUGUUUUGUAUAAAAAACCCAGAUGUUCAUGAUUUAACUCAGGAGGUCACAUUUGUUAAGUGUAUGGAUGCAUGGAGGGUGAACCCAAAACGAAAGAGGUUAACUCUGAAAAGCCACUCACCAUGAAGAAAAGACACUGUUCGUUACUGUUUUUUGUCCAAUUUAGCACUUAUCUGAUAAUUUAUACCAUUUACAAUCCUGUAUAUUUAUCAGAUAUAUAAAACCUUUAGCACUUUGUAUAUAGUUAUAGAAGUAUGUAUGUUAUUUAAAACAAUAUGUAUGUGAAUAUUGUCCAUUAUUUUAUAAGAACAACAAAAAAGAUGUUUUUAUCACAUGUAACUGUAACUUUAUUGUUGUGCUAAAAGUAAAUGUAAUUCAUUUUGGAGCAACUUUUUUUUUUGUUUUUGUCCAAAAUAGAUUAAUAUGAUCAAAGUCAAGUCAGGCUACAUACACAGUGAUAUGUUUUCAUUUUAAAAUGGUUCUUUAAAACAUAAACCACCUCUAUUUAGACAAGAUUUUAGUUUAGUUUCAAAAGUAAUCUCUUUCUUUUAAAUAUUCAUCAUGUCUUAUUCUUCCUGCUCAUAUUGUCAUCUUUGCAUGAUGAAAUAUAGAACAGAUGUCUUAUGGACUUGUCAUCCAUGUUGAAUUAACCACUUGCAGAGAAGGCUAAUGUCUUCUUGUUAUACUGAAAACGGGGUCAUGUUUGAGGGGAGAUGAAUCAGGGAGGAUUUGCAUUGACUGAUAAAACCAAAUCAUGAAAUGAGUGUUAUCUGCAUCUAGGUUUUUACAUUAGAACGAAGCAGGGGCACUUUAAAAAAGUCUUCCUUUAUGCUAGAAUAAUGUGGGCAAUAGUUAAUGUAAGCAAAGGAUAUAUUUUAAAAUUAAGACACGUAAGUGUUGUGUAUUCCAAUAACACCUUAGAUGCCCGAUGACUGGAUUUACCGCGUCUUGUUCUGGAGGUGCUUUAAUAUCAUCUGAUGAAAUACCUCGUUAAAUUUAAUUUAUAAAGGUACCACAGUGAAAACAAUGGUUUGAAGACUCCCACCCCAAAGAAAGGGGGAAAUAGCGUUAAGGUGUAUAUCAUCAGGUGUUUUUAGUUUCCUGUUAACAUAACUGAGCAUUCACCACUGUGGCUCUCAGCACUGUACAUGACUGUGAGACCUCUAUCAGUGUGCCUUACUGUAAACAGCUGAUCUAAGCUGAUCUUUUCUUAACUUUACGCUUUUCUUACAGAUUUUCUCCUCAGUGUUUGUUGUUAAUGUAAUCAAACGAACUCUGUGACUUUUACUGAUGUAACCCAAACAGAAAAAGCUCUUGUUUUGAAUUAUUUUGCAUUGUUUGUACUGCUAUUGACACGUUACUUCUCGCACCUCAAAGAAGUGCCAGGCAUACUUCUAAUAAUGUGUCUACUUUUUAUGAGCAUGUGAUGCUCAGCAUGAGGUAUGUCAUAGUGUCAUAGUCAUACGUCACAGUGGAUGUCAAUGUUUUCACUGUGUUGUGCUGUUUAAAAUGCUAUUGUUUUAAUUCUCAUUUAGUCAUAAUUACAUUUCCAGUUCUUUGAGCUAUAUGUAAUUCUCAGCUCUACAGAGAUCGGUACUGUAAUCAUUGUGAUUUUAGAAACUGAAAAUGUUUUACUUUUUCUUUGAAAACAGGGAAAAGAUUGCUAUGUUAUUUGUACAGUUAAUUAUGUAAAUAUCAUACAUAUAACAGUUUCUAAUAAGAAGAUGCACUGUUAUAGUUAUAUAUUUUUACAUCUGGAUAAAUGUAAUCUGUAAAAUGUGCAUUUCUGUAAUUCUUUGUACAUAUUUGUAAAUAGUUUGUCACUAUACUGUGUAAAUUCUUUAAUAAAAACCAAAUUUGCCAA